CGUUAUAACACUGUGCAUGGCCAUAAUAUGACAUUCAAAAUGUCUCUAAACUUCUGAAACUUUGGUGAGUGUAAUGUUUACUGUUAAUUUUUAAUUUUUAAUUUCACUUUUGUUUUAUCUACUGUAGUUCACUUGCUUUGGCAAUGUAAACAUGUGUUUUCCCAUGCCAAUAAUGCCCUUUGAAUUGAAUUAUAUGGUGUGAUUAGAAUCACUCAUAUUUCAGUAAUGAACAUUUGAUAUAUGAGACGUUAGAAGCUGUGCACACAAUAUGUGCAAAGCAGCAUUCAUAGUUCAAUUGCUAUGUGCUGCUAAAUUAGAAGGCAGCAAUCCCUCCCCCUCUGGUUGCCAUGUGACAGAGAUAAGUCACAUCACCAAGGCUCUGUAUACAGGAAAUAGAGACCAGCAAGUGGAAAUAGAGAGAAAGUAGUUGCAUUGACGAAUUUGCCCUAAUAAAAUGGGUUUACUGACUGCAAAAGUGAAACAUUGAGCAGAGAUGAAGCUGUUGCCAGUGAUUUUCCUGCUGGCAUUAACCUCAGCUACCUCUGCUUUGGACAAUGGUUUGAUGAGGACCCCACCCAUGGGAUGGAUGUCUUGGGAGCGUUUUUGCUGUACUAUCGAUUGUGAGAAUGAUCCCAUGAACUGCAUCAGCGAGAAUCUCUUUAGAGACAUGGUAGACAGACUGGCUGAGGAUGGGUGGAAAGAGAUGGGAUAUUAUCAUGUCAUGAUAGAUGACUGUUGGUCCUCCUUGCUCCGGGAUAAAGAUGGACGGCUGCAGCCUGACCCACAAAGAUUCCCUGGGGGCAUUGCCAAGCUGGCGAGGUACCUUCAUGACCGCGGCCUGAAGCUGGGCAUCUAUGGGGACCUGGGCACACACACCUGUGGAGGGUACCCUGGCACCACGCUGGACAAGAUUGAGACUGAUGCCCAGACGUCCGCUAGUUGGGGUGUGGACUUCUGGAAGUUGGAUGGCUGCUACUCCAAUGAAGAGGAGCAACAUAAGGGUUACCCUCUCAUGUCCAAGGCUUUGAAUGCAACAGGCCGUCCAAUUGGCUACUCCUGUAGUUGGCCAGCCAAUCGGGGUGGACUCCCUCCCAGUGUGAAUUACACUCUGCUGGGGGAGAUCUGUAACCUGUGGCGUAACUAUGAUGACACUCAGGACUCGUGGGACAGUGUGCAAGACAUUACAGACUGGUUCUUUGACAACCAGGGGAUACUGCAGCCUGAAGCCGGCCCUGGACGCUGGAACGAUCCUGACAUGCUGAUCAUAGGAAACGUCGGCCUCAGUGUGGACCAAUCACGCUCUCAGAUUGGUCUUUGGGCGAUCAUGGCUGCACCUCUCAUUAUGUCUAACAACCUUCGGACCCUAAGCAGUGAGGCCAGGGCCACCCUGCAAAACAGAGCUGCCAUCGCCAUCAACCAGUAUCCUAUGGGCGUCCAGGGAAGACGCUUGCUACAGGAGAGGAGGUCAUGUUGAAGGGUACUGGCGGCCCCUCUCCCAGUCGGCUAGUGCUCUGGUGUCCCUCAGCCGUCGCCAAGACAUGGCCUAUCACUGCCACACCUCCCUGGACAAGUUAAACUACACAGCAGGCAGCUACGAGGCUUAUGACGUGUUCACUGGGAAAACAUUGAGCGGACUGUCUGCCACCACAGAGUUCACUGUCUCCACCAACCCCUCAGGAGUCGUAAUGUGGUACGUCUAUCCCAAAAUGCAAUAUGAGCAUCCACAGGAUGAUGGUAGAUACCCCUACAUCCGACAGAAAUACAGGAUGAGGAUGUUCUCCUCGCUCGACUUCAAUAAGCCGAGAGUUGUGCCUCCUAGUCUGCUCUGAGGAGACAUGAGUUAAGCACGCAGGAACUCCAUCAAUCCAGAUCCAAUCAAAGAUAUUUGAGUCAGGAAGAAUAUAGAUUUUGUUUGCACCUUUGUAUUUUACCUAUAUGUAAUCUCGGCAACCCAGAACUGAAAUCUUGCGCCAGCUACUCGAUUAAGUUCUUGGGGUAGACGAAAGAGAAAUCAUACUAGAACCAGUGGCGGAAACAGGUCGGCAGCUCCAUCACCGUCUCUGUCUGCAACAAUUAAUGUUAUGUGCGUAUUCCCAUGAGGAGAUUAAACCAUGUGUAAUAUUUCAAAAUGUAUAAUUUAUUUGUAUUUUGUUGUGUGACCUCUAUUCUAACAGGAAGGAGCGGUUCAUAUCUUGCCUAUGUAUAAUAAAAGGAGGGUGUAAUGAGGUGCAGAAUUGAGACUGCAUAGAGUAAGAUGAUGAACUUAACAUGCAACAAGACUUUCAGUCAUGCAAUAGUGUACAAGGUUCGGAGCUGUGUCAAGAGGAAGUGUGUGCCCAUGGCAGUCAUUCCCCCUUUCCACCACUGAGGGGCAGUGUAGACAGUUUCACAACAACCAUUAGUGGGUUCCCUUUACCCUUGAAACACCAGCAUGGCUAUAUCACAGUAGAUUAGGUUGCACAAGGAAAUUAGAUGUUGUGCUCCAGAAUAGGCCAAGCAUGUUUAUUUGGUGAUGGGAUAAACAGCUGGUGAUGCCGGUCUGAUAGGGCUUGUGGAUAAGCAAUACAGUAGGUAUCUUGUUGGUACAGUGCCUUGCAAAAGUAUUCAAACCCCUUGGCAUUUUCCUAUUUUGUUUCAUUACAACAUGUCAUUCAAAUGGAUUUUAAUUUGGAUUUCAUGUAAUGGACAUACACAAAAUAGUCCAAAUUGGUGAAGUGAAAUGAAAAAAAUUACUUGUUUAAAAAAAGAAAAAAGAAAGGAAAAGGUGCAUAUGUAUUCACCUACCUUUACACCUAAAUAAGAUCUGGUGCAAGCAAAUACCGUCAGAAGUCACAUAAUUAGUUAAAUAAAAUCCACAUGUGUGCACUCUGUGUCACAUGAUCUGUCACAUGAUCCCAGUAUAUAUACACCUGUUCUGAAAGGCCCCAGAGUCUGCAACGCCACUAAGCAAGGGGCACCACCAAGCAAGUACUAUGAAGACCAAGGAGCUCUCCAAACAGGCCAGGGACAACGUUGUGGAGAAGUACAUAUCAGGUUUGGGUUAUAAAAAAAUAACAGAAACUUUGAACAUCCCACGGAGCAACAUUAAAUCCAUUAUUAAAACAUGGAAAGAAUAGGGCACCACAACAAACCUGCCAAGAUUGGGCCGCCCACCAAAACUCGGCAAGGAGGGCAUUAAUCAGAGAGGCAACAAAGAGACCAAAGAUAACCCUGAAGGAGCUGCAAAGCUCCACAGCGGAGAUUGGAGUAUCUGUCCAUAGGAUCACUUUAAGACGUACACUCCACAGAGCGACCUGAAACAAAUAAGUAAACACGUUUGUUGUUCGCCAAAAGGCAGGUGGGAGACUCCCCAAACAUAUGGAAGAAGGUACUCUGAUCAGAUGAGACUAAAAUGUAGCUUUUUGGCCAUCAAGGAAAAUGCUUUGUCUGGCGCAAACCCAACACCUCUCAUCAACCCGAGUACACCAUCCCCACAGUGAAGCAUGGUGGUGACAGCAUCAGGAAACUGGUCAGAAUUGAAGGAAUGAUGGAUGGUGCUAAAUACAGGGAAAUUCUUGAGGGAAACCUGUUUCAGUCUUCCAGAGAUUUGAGACUGGGACGGAGGUUCACCUUCCAGCAGGACAAUGACCCUAUGCAUACUGCUAAAGCAACACUCAAGUGGUUUAAGGAGAAACAUUUAAAUGUCUUGGAAUGGCCUAGUCAAAGCCCCGACCGCAAUCCAAUUGAGAAUCAUUUGUGAUAUGACUUAAAGAUUGCUGUACACCAGCGGAGCAGGAGCAGUUUUGCCUUGAAGAAUUGGCAAAAAUCCAAGUGGCUAGAUGUGCCAAGUUUAUAGAGACAUACCUCAAGAGACUUGCAGCUGUAAUUGCUGCAAAAGGUGGCUCUACAAAGUAUUGACUUUUGGGGAUCUGAAUAGUUAUG